UCAUUCAGUCGCCUUUUUGCCGCCACUAGUUAGUGACUACCCAACAGUGGUGAAACACGGUUUGCGCGCGCACGUGUAAAUGUUGACUAAUUUAUAUUAUAGAUAGCAAUUUAAUUAAAUACAUAUGUAGAAUACAAUAGAAUAUCAAAGUGUGUAUAUGUGUUGAAAUUAUUAUUUUUAAUUUGACGCGCAUCCCAAAUGGACGUCCUCGGGCUUAAAAAGCACUUGGCAUUGUUCAUAUUGAUUGUAUCACUUAACAUAUCCACAUCUUUAGCAAGACAACACCGUAUACGACACGGCCGACACAAAAGACAACAAUGGAAUACUACAUUUAGCAGUUCCGGAUUUAUACCGGAAUAUCAUGUGUACUUAGAAGGUGGAGAUCCUGAAGGUUAUGGCCAAUGGUCUUCUUGGACAGACGAUGGCCAGUGUUCUCGAAGUUGUGGUGGCGGAGUAGCCUGUCAAACUAGGCGGUGUUUGUCCUACAGACCUGAUGGCACUCAAGAUUGUAGAGGACCGUCUAAACGAUAUUUCUCUUGUAAUACACAACAAUGUCCUUCAGGGAGUUUAGAUUUCCGACUCGAACAAUGUUCUGCGUUUAAUAAAAUAAGUUUUGAAGGAGCUAUGUACGAAUGGGUACCAUACACUAAAGGCUCAAAUAAAUGUGAACUCAAUUGCAUGCCAAAAGGUGAACGUUUUUAUUAUAGACACAGGAACAAAGUUAUAGACGGUACUUUAUGCGACAGCGAGUCAUUAGAUGUUUGCGUCGAUGGCAGAUGCAUGCCUGUUGGUUGUGACAAUAUUCUCGGCUCGCCAAUUAGAGAAGAUCGAUGUCGUAAUUGUGGUGGUGAUGGAACUGACUGCAAUACAGUUAGAGGAAUUUUGGACAUGAACGACUUACAGUAUGGUUACACGGAUAUUUUAUUAAUUCCUGCCGGUGCUACAAAUAUUAGAGUUCGAGAAAUUCAACCAUCAAACAACUAUUUAGCAAUUAGAAAUAUUACUGGACAUUAUUAUUUAAAUGGUAACUGGAAAAUAGAUUAUCCAAAAAGUCUUUAUUUCUGCGGGACAGUUUUUCAUUACGAAAGAAAAAGGAAAGCAUUAUAUACGCCAGAAAUAAUAACAGCUCUAGGGCCAAUUACAGAAGCCAUCUACAUUGUUCUGUUGUAUCAAGAAGUGAAUCCAGGUAUUGAAUACGAAUACAGCAUCCCGACCAAUGCUGUCAGACAAACUUUAUCUAGAGGAUACAAUUGGAUGUAUAGUGAAUUUACUAAGUGUACUUCGACUUGUGGUGGUGGAUUAAGAACUCGAAAUGUUUGGUGUGCUCAAAAGAACGAUUCGACACCUGCUUCUUCGGAACUUUGUGAUCCGGCUCUUGAACCACUAAAAACUCAAUCUUGCUCGAUGGAGCCGUGUCCACCCAAAUGGUUACCAUCAAAAUGGUCGGAGUGUACUCAUAAAUGCGGCACUAAUGGAACUCAAACGAGAGAGAUAAAAUGUAUGCGUCAAGUAAAUGGUGAACACAUACCUAUUGAUAGUGCUUAUUGCGAACAAUAUGAUGGUCCUAAACCAGAAAUGUUACAAAGUUGUAAUGUUGGUUUAGAAUGUCCUCUUUGGCAUACCAAUCCAUGGAAACCAUGUGAUCAAUUAUGUGGACCUGGCAAGCAAACUAGAAAAGUAACAUGCUAUAGAAAAGUAAAUAAAAAAGUUACUACUCUCAAUGAUAGUGAUUGUGAUUCUCAGAAGCCAGAAACAGAAAAAUCAUGUGAACUGCGACCUUGUGAAGGCAUUGAUUGGAUAGCUUCCAUGUGGUCUGGGUGUGAUGGAUGUAAUUCGGAUAUUGAAACAAGACAAGUGAUAUGCGCGAAUUCAAAGGGCAAAAUUUUUAAUUCUAAACUUUGUGAGCCAUCAAGGCAACCAGAAACUACUAGAAAUUGUACUACAUCAGAUGCUUGUGAGUUUCAAUGGUAUGCCACUCAAUGGAGCGAGUGUUCGUCCAAAUGUAGUACUGGGGUACAAGUUCGUAAAGUCUUUUGCGGUACUCUGGUUGACGAAACAAUAAAAAAGGUAGAUAGUACUAAAUGUGAUCUUGCUAAAAAGUAUGAAGAUACCAAAAAUUGUACCGGAAAGGAAACUUGUAAAGGAGAAUGGUUUUCAGGACCAUGGAGUGCGUGUUCAAAGCCGUGUGGAUCAGGUGAAAAAAGCAGAAAAGUAUUCUGUAUGAUUGGUAAUAAGACUGUUGAUAUUAAACAAUGUAACAAAGACACAAUUUUGUUUGAUAAUGAUAAAUGUAAUGAUAAGCCGUGUGGCGGAGAUGAAAUCUUGCCGGUUGAUUUGAAGACACCUAUUUUAGAAGAAGAUGCAUCUGAAGAGGAAUGUGAAGAAGAAAUGAUUACUGUAACACCAUUUGCAAUUGAACCCGAUAAUGAGCUGACCACUCCAUCUUACUCUCCAGAUAAUGACAAAUCUACAGAAGUAAUGGUUGAUGCUUCAACUAUUUCACUUUUAGAUAGAAGUACAACUAAUGAAGAAUCAACCUCUGAAGUAAUUUAUGAGGAACUUCUGACAAGCACAAGUUUACCUUUAAUUACGAGUAGCAAAUCUAAAACUUUAUCUAGACAAGAAAGAGCUACUUCUGGGCUUUCUAAAACUACAAAAGCAAAACCCUCUAAACCUUCAGGAAUAACUGGAAAAAUAAAACGAAAAAAAAGAGAGGCUCUUCAAAAUAUGCAAUUAGUAGAAGAAAAUGUAACAUCCUCUCUUAUGUCUGACGAAUCCACAACAAGUGACAUGUUAUCAACCGAUAUUUUAUCUACUGAAAUGACAUCUAGUGAAGUUACAUCUACUGAAAUGACUUCUACUGAAAUGACAUCUACUGAAAUGACAUCAACUGAAGUUACAUCAAUUGAUGUAUCAUCAAUCGAUGUAUCUCUUACCACAUCAGUUAAAAUAACAUCUGAACAAGAACAAGCUAAUGUGACCAAAAUGUUAGAACUUUCGACUGCUAUUGACGACCGAGAUGAAUUGACUACAGUAGCACCACAAAAAAUAUCAGAAGUCACUUUAUUUGAUACAUCUCCAGAAUCAUCUACCAAUGUAGAAAAAGACAGUACAACGACGGAAAUUAUUCUUACUUCUAACCAACCACUUAUUUCAUCGGAAAUUGAAUCAACCACAGAACAAUUAUUAACAGUAUCUGUAUCCAAUACUGAACCAUCUCUUAUGAGUUCAUCCAAUACUGAACAAAUAUUUGAAUCAUCAUCUAGUACAGAAUCAACAUUGAUAUCUUCAAUAACUUCUGAAAUGUUAUCAUCUGUGUCCACUGAAUCAAUUCCAACGUCCAGUAUUGUAUAUAGUUCGACUUUUAUAGAUAGUUCUACCGAAAAUCCAAAGUAUUCACUUUCCACUAGUUCCAAUCCCACAAUAACUACAAAAAAAGAAACUUCAGUUAAAAAGAAUCCAUUACUUAUUCCAAAUAAAAAAAGUUUAAAAUGUAAAAAGAAAAAAAGAGCUUGUGAAAAAUCAGAAUUUGGAUGUUGUUCCGAUAGAAAAACUGCUGCAAAAGGACCAUUUAGCGAAGGUUGUCCGAAAAUACACACUUGUAAAGACACUGAAUAUGGUUGUUGUUCUGACGGCGUGUCUCCAGCAAAUGGACCUCAAAAUGAAGGUUGUCCACCCUCUAUGUGUAAUGAAACUUUGUAUGGUUGUUGUCUCGAUGGGUUCAGCAUUUCUCAAGGAAACGAUAAUGAAGGUUGUCCCGUAGAGAUGACUACUGUUCCGGUAGUCAUUACCACCGAACCUCUUGAAAUUAGUUGCCAUAACACACAAUUUGGAUGUUGUCCAAAUGGAAUUACUCCAGCUAUUGGGCCCAGUAACCAAGGAUGCUACGAAUGUGUUGAAGGCUCUGGUGAGUGUGAUUCGUGUUCAGAUACAAAAUAUGGUUGUUGUGUGGAUAAUAUCACUGCAGCUAAUGGACCAAACUUCGAAGGCUGUCUAGAUUUAACAACAAUCGAAAAUGAUAUUAUAACAUCAACUGAUUCAUCGACUCAAUCAUCAACUGAUGAUAUUUUCAUUGAUUCAUGUAAAUCAUCUGAAUUUGGGUGUUGUCCAGAUGACGUAACUGCAGCAACUGGACCUAAUUUUGAAGGAUGCGAUAAUUUUGGUUUCAAUAACUGCACAGCUGAUGGAAACGAUACCGAUUGUACACCAUCGUGUAUGGAGACAUUGUUUGGAUGUUGUGACGAUAAUAGUACUGCUGCUCAUGGACCAAAUAAAGAGGGAUGUUGUUUAAAUUCUCAAUAUGGAUGUUGUCCAGAUAAUAUAGUCAAGGCUAAAGGAAUCAAUUUACAAGGUUGUGGUUGUACUUACACUCCAUUUGGUUGUUGCCCCGAUAACACUACAGCUGCUAGAGGACCUGAAAAUGAAGGCUGUGGUUGUCAAUAUACUGAACACAAGUGUUGUCCUGAUAAGUUUACAUCUGCAUCUGGACCACAAUACCAGGGAUGUCCUUGCCACACAUAUCAGUUUGGAUGUUGUCCAGAUGGCGUUUCACGUGCUCUUGGUCCAAAUUUACAAGGUUGUGGAUGUGAAAAUUCACAAUUUGGAUGUUGUGGUGAUAAUACAACACCAGCUAAAGAUGCGUCUAAAAAUUGCACCUGUGAAGCUUCUAGAUACGGUUGUUGCUUGGAUGGUAUUACUGAAGCAAGGGGUGAAGAUUUUGAAGGAUGUAUUACAAGACCCUUAAUACCAGGAGCCAGUUGCAAAGAGGCCAGAGACCGUGGAAGUUGUACCGAGUUCACUGUCAAAUGGUUCUUUGAUAGUGAAUAUGGAGGUUGUUCUAGAUUUUGGUACGGUGGUUGUGGUGGAAAUAAUAAUCGUUUUAAAACUCAAGAAGACUGUAAAUCUGUUUGUGUUGAACCUUCUGGAAGAGAUGUUUGUUAUUUGCCAAAAAGUACAGGACCUUGCGAAGAAUAUCACCCUACAUGGUAUUAUGAUAAUGAUCGAAAACAGUGCGCUCAAUUCAUCUAUAGUGGAUGUUUAGGAAAUAAUAAUAAAUUCCAAACACGUGAAGAAUGUGAACAUGUUUGUGUUGUUCCUGACACUUUAGAUGCUUGCGAACAACCACUAGUAACAGGUCCGUGUCAAGGCAAUUUCAAACGUUGGUAUUAUGAUAAAACAUCUCGAACUUGUUCAGAGUUUAAUUAUGGUGGAUGCAAAGGAAAUAAAAAUAACUUUUUGACAAAAGAAUCAUGUAGUUAUAAGUGUUUGAAUCCAUCAAAAACACAAGAGCAAUGUUUAAUGGUAGUAGCAAAGGGUAGUUGCGAUAAGAAGAUUUCGCGGUGGUACUUUGAUAAUAAUGAAAAUGCAUGUAAACCUUUCUAUUAUUCUGGUUGUGAUGGAAAUAUAAACAGUUAUGAGACGCAAGAGUAUUGUGAAAAAAAAUGUCCACCUAGACGAAAAUUAGAUACUUGCAAGUUACCGGCUCUUGUUGGAGAAUGUCAUAAUUACACUAGUCGUUGGUAUUACGAUUCAUUAGAAGAACGAUGUAGACAAUUUUACUACGGAGGCUGUGGUGGCAAUGAAAACAAUUUUGCUUCAGAAUACGAUUGCGAUAGACAUUGUGCAGGAGGAAAUCGUUUUACGACAUUAGCUCCAGCUCGGUUUUCAAAAGAAAAAUGCUUCUUGUACCAAGAUCGAGGAAGUUGUUCUGAUAUGACACCAAAGUAUUUCUAUGAUCGACAAGAUGGCGUCUGUAAGCAGUUUAUGUACGGUGGAUGCGGGGGCAAUGAAAACCGUUUCGAUAACAAACAAGAGUGCGAACGACAGUGUUUUGAUGCUCAAGAUGUUUGUCAGUUACCAAAAGUUGAAGGGCCUUGUAGAGGAGAUUUCAGGCAGUGGUAUUAUGAUCGAAAUAGUGAUAGAUGCUAUUUAUUUAGAUAUGGUGGAUGUCAAGGUAACACUAACCGAUUCAAUGACCAACAGUCCUGUGAAAAUCGUUGUGUACGUAAUCCAACUACAACGACCAUCUCACAAGUAGCAAUUCCAAAUAGACCAAGCGACGCAUGUUUAUUCACAUUAGAUCCAGGACCUUGUUUACAAACGGUUCAAAUGUGGUACUUUAAGUCAUCGACAAGUCGUUGUGAACCUUUUGCUUAUGGUGGUUGUGAAGGUAAUGCUAACAGAUUUGAAUCUGUAGAAGAUUGUGAAAAAAUUUGUGAACCUUACAUUGAAAGCGCAAAUCAAAUUGAUGUACGUUUCCCAAAUGUCACCGAAGAACCAGCCAUACCUAAUAUAUGUGAAGCUGGACGAUUACGUUGUAAGCUAUUGACUGAAGAGUCGACUCGUUGUCCUUACGGACUUGAACAUUGGAUAAACCCAGCAAACUGUGAAGACUGCCGUUGUUAUAACCCUUGUUUACCAGGUGUAGAUCAAAAAUCAAUUUGCCCACCUGACUACCAAUGUAUUGUUGAUGUAACUACCUCUGAAAAUGGUGAAUCCAAAUAUAAACCCACAUGCAGAUCUGUGUACAAACCCGGAGAGUGUCCUCAAUUGUCAGCUUAUCAGAGUAGUUGUGCCGAAGAAUGUAAGACAGAUGCCGAUUGUGUUGGAGAUGACAAAUGUUGUUACAAUGGUUGCGGUACAUCCUGUCUUAGGCCUCAACCGGUCAGUCCACCAACUUCACCGGCUCCAAUUACAUCAUCUUCUGAAAAAGAAUCAUCCCCACAAGUAAUAGACGUAGCUGACACACAAGUAGAAGCUGAAGAAGGUAACUUUGCAUCCCUUAAGUGUAUUGUGGUGGGCAACCCUGCACCUACUAUUGUGUGGCAGAAAAACUCUACAUUAAUUGAUGGAACCACUGGACGGUAUAAGCUAUUAACCGACGGUACUUUGCAAAUCAUUGGAUUAUACAGAUACGAUUCUGGGUUGUACAUUUGUAUAGCUACAAACGGAAUAGGAAAUCCAAUCAGAAAAGAAGUGUAUUUAACAGUAAAAGAUCCUGUACCACAUUCUGCUAAUGUGAUUGGCGAUGAAAAUACUGCCAUGGUAGUGGCUUUAGACGGGCCUGCUACACUACAGUGUUAUGCGGUAGGUUGGCCCCGUCCUAUUGUUACGUGGUGGCGGGCAGAUAGAAUGCUACCUAUGAGUUCUGACCAAUACGAACAAAGACGAGACCAUUCACUCAUUAUCAAAUUGGUCACUGUUAACGUAUUGGGUCCAUACACAUGUCAAGCUUAUAAUGGUCAAGGAAGAGCUGCCUCAUGGAGUAUCAUACUUCAAGGCUACGGUUUGUCCUCAACCGAUCAAUUGGGUAAUCCAUAUAUUGUGACACCGCCCAGAGAUCCCACAACUGGUUACAUUAUCCGAAAUAAACCAGUUAUAAUCAAGAUUACUAAAUCCCCACCUAUUUAUAGAUCUGAAACAACUACUAGCAUGUCUGAAGUUCUCGAAACUACUUCGCCAAAGGUGUUCACCAUACCAGUUCAAGUUAAUAUAUCAAUGCCUGUAACUAAAUUUGGAGUUGGUGGAGAUCUUAUUAUACCUUGUGCUGUGGACGGAUACCCUAUACCUACAGUGGUGUGGUAUAAAGAUGGACAAUUGGUUCACAAUAGCGAAAGAACACAAACUAAUGAGAACCAUGAAUUGGUAGUAAUUCGAACAAGUGCUUCGGAUUCAGGAGAGUACAAAUGCGUCGCAUACAAUGCCUAUAACACUGCUGAGAAAUCUGUUUUUGUAACGAUUGAAGGUCUAUAUAUUUCACCUAACUGCACAGAUAACCGAUAUUUUGCUAACUGUUCUUUGAUCGUAAAAGGAUUUUACUGUAACCAUCCUUACUACAAAAAGUUCUGCUGUGAAUCAUGUACUCGAGCUGGUUUACUACCAUCUGUGAGUGGUUCCAAUAUAGGGUUCCAAGAACUCGGCUCCUCUAUAAGACGAUUUAGAAGAGAUCUAGUCAAUAAAUUAUAUAGUUUUAAUUUUUUCUAAUUGAAAAAUAAAGUGACCACUAAUUUUUUUUGUCAAAACUAUUUUAACUUGGUUAUUUUCAAUAGAAAUUAAUUUUGUUUAGUUUUUUUAUUUUAUAGUAAUAGUAGGUUAUAAAAUUUAAAAAACUCGCUGAUAUAAACUUAGCAAGUAAUUUAAUAAUUGAGUAUUGAACAUUUGUCAAAUAUUACUUAAGAAAUAAAAUGAAUAUAGUUAUAAUAUAACUUAAAUAUAUAAUGUGAAUAUGUUUUAAAUGUUUAACUUAAAUAUGUAUUUAUAAAUAUAAAUCACUCUUUUAUGUGUAUAUUUAAACUUACAAUAUGUAGGAGAUUUGUUCAAUUAAUAAACGAACAUGUAUCUUUUUUUGUUGAAGUAUUUAAACUAAAGUAUAUUUAAUUUUUUACUUGUCAGUUCCUAAUUUUAAAUAAAACUAUCACCAAUGUCAAUUUUUAACAAGCUACAGGGUACCUACAAGAUUAAUAGUAAGUAGUGUUAUUGAAAUAAUUAUGUAUGUAGUGUAAUUUCAGCUAAUUAAGUAGUUUCUAAACCACUUAUAAUUUAUUGCUCAUAUCGAGCUACCUUAAAUUGAAAUUUGAUUAAAAGAAACAUCACUUACAGUUUUUUAUGUUUAUUAUAUAACCUUAUAAUAUUUUGAAUGAUUAUUAUUAUUAUUAUUAUUAUUAAUGUAUAAAUUUAAUUUGUAAGAUAACAACUGUAGUUGCCAAAAUAUAACUGAAAUAUUUAUUCUUAUUGUGUUAGAAAUUAGAUAUUUACCUCUGAAAAAAUAAAAAAUUGACAGAAUAAAAACAAAAUUACUUGUACCACCAAUGCAAGCUAAAUUAAAAAUAGAUAAAUAAAAUAACUUUUUAGUUGUAUAUUAAAAUAUAUAAAUAUCGUAUUAAUGUUCAGGUGUUUAUAAGUUACCUCAUUAAAUUUUUAUAUAUAUAUCAUUUUUUAAAUGUGACUUUAUAUAUUAUUUUAUACUUAUUCCUUUUGUACUUAACAUAGAUGUCUAAGUUUAGUGUGCACACAUGCACCAUAAUGAAGGAACGUCGAGCAAAGGUUAAAUUCAUAAGUUUUUAUGUAACUUUUUUAAAAUAAUAAUUAAAAA